AAUCAGUGAAGACAGCGAGUAGCAGCCAAUUAGAGACAGAGUAGGGCGGGUCAUGGCUUCACCAUCCUAGUGGAAAAAAUGGGCAGUUUGGCUCGUAGAUACUAGUUGGUGCGCAUCAGGGCGGAUUUAGAAGUGGGUAUACAAAAUGCUGACUGAAAAUGAAGUAGGUAUACGCCGUAUGUGUAGGCAAUCUCAAUAAUCACAUUUUACGAUGGGCGGCUUCGUUGGAGCUUUGCGCCUCUAAAGGGAUGUUUACGGUAUAAACGCGUCGUUGCCAGGACAACAAGGGUUUCCAGUCUAUGGAUCGGAAGGAAGCUGCACGACAACCAAACGUUUGAUGGCACAAAAACACACUUAAAGUACAUGAACCGCUACUCAUCGGCCUCGUUAGUUUGAUUUACAAAGUUGGGCUUUAUUUCCUGCGUGGAGUCGCCUACUGUCGUAAAUAUCAGCUGUGGUAGUGAUGGAAACCCCGCUGGAAAACGACACUUCAGGCGGACAGUCAGAACAGCCAAAAGCCUCCGAUGAAGCGGUUACUUUCAUGUCCAGCAUUGAUCCUGCAGAGCUGCAGAAGUGUGUGUUUGCAGACUCUUUGGUGACUGUGUCCGAGGGCGGCCGACACCUGGGGAACUUCAGUGUGACAGUGGAAUUUGCCCAUAGAGUCCAGCAGCCUUGUAUGUUAGUCCAUGCUCAAAGCCAAGGAGCCAUUGAUGAUUCCCCAUGUGGAACAACGGUGACAGCCUACAUUACAACAGACCUGGAGGUACUGGAGGAGGAUUAUCAUGAGUAUGUAAAGCUCGAGGGCCACGGUUUGGAUAAAAGGUUUCACAUGGUGCAGCGUGAUGGGCAGAUGUUAAUCAAUAAAGUUACCACUGUUGGGGAGGAGGUGACAAAGGAGAGUGUUUCUUAUCCCAUGUCUGACCUAAAAGGGCUGAUAACUGAGGGCUCCAACCUACUGCUGAUGCGUCUGAUGGCUUUGAGGACAAAAAUCCCAGAACACAUGAGUUUCAUCUCCAUCAACCAGGACUUAAACAUCAUCUGCACAACCUUUGGUGAGCUGGGUAUGAAGCAGCUGGAGGUUGGUGCUGAGAGUGUGGAGGCGUUCGGGUUGGAGAGGAUUCUUCACUCUGUGGCAGACAGUCCCACUACCUGGCACUGCUACUUCUUGUCUGAUGGGCACUUGGUGCGCAGAGUGCAGCUGGGAUCACCUACAACCAUGAGGCUUCAGCAGCUGCCAUCAAAGCAAGAUAGAGAGUUUGACAAGAUCUCCCUGGUAUGGGAAGAAGACAUGCAGAUGCGCUCCAAGUUCCUGGACAGAAAGGAGGAGCUGAAGGCAGACCACGCCUCUUAUCUGAGACAGCAUCCUGAGAUCCGUACGCUUAUAUCUGACUUCUUGCAGUUCUUGCUUCUGAGAAAACCGGAUGAUGUUUUCCAGUUUGCCCAAGAGUAUUUCCUCCCAUUUGCUUCCCGUCAUCCUCCAGAACUUAUCCUCAAAGCCUCAUCAGUGUGAAUACAGAACAAUCUAGUAUUUUUUAUAAUGUUUUUAACAUGCUUCUUUCAUACCUAUUCCUGAGUGACAGAUGACUACUGGUAGAAAGAACACAUUAUGUAUGACAUUACGUGUACCUGAGCUGUGUGAUCUCACCAAAAAUAAUACAAAUAAAGUUUGUUUGAGGCACAA